AUGGCCGGAAGCCCGAUAUUCGACUUCAAUUUUGAUCCCUCUGUCGCAGAAUUCGCCGUCUCUAAACAGUCAUAUCUUGCCGCUCAUCCAGGCGCGCCCUUUGGCUACAUCGCAACAAGCACGCUCGUUUUGGACACAACUGCAUCCAAGCCCCGCGUUCUUCUCCUCCAGCGCGCUGCUAGCGACGAAGACCCCAACAAGUGGGAGCCUCCAGGCGGCGCAUGCGACGACGAAGACCAGAGCAUCCUGCAUGCUGCUGCUCGUGAGCUAUGGGAGGAGGCCGGUCUUCAGGCCUCCCGGAUCGAGGGGCCUGCUGGCGACCCCUACUUUUUCACCCUCAGCGAUGGGAAGAAGGUGUGCCAGUUCAACUUCGCUGUGCAAGUGAGGGUCGACAGUGAGGCUCCGCCGGCGGUCAGGCUGAAUCCUGAGGAGCAUCAACGGUUCAUCUGGGCUACCGAGGACGAAGUGAAGUCGAGUAAGGCAGACGGUAUGGACUUGGACUUUACCACGAGCGAGGUUAAGUGUACAGUACUUCAGAGUUUCAGCCACGUCAGAGGAAAGUAG